GAAGUUGAAUCAUCAGGUUAAUAAGGGGAAUUUAUUAAAUUUCUGGAAAAUGAUGCAGUUUCCAAGGCACUUAAAGUCAUUUUGCAAAUUACUUCAAAAACAAAAUACGGUCUUUGACUUUGGUCCGGCAAUAAAACUUCCGAUAAGUUUUUACAAUAAAAACCACUUACAAUCAUUUACAACAAUGGCUGAGGUAACAGGUUUAACUAAUUCGGAAGCAAAUGAAUUAUGCAAACCACCACAUCCAUCGACAAAAGAUUUCAUAUUCAAUCAAACCAUGUUGCGUAUCAAGGAUCCUCGCAAAUCAUUGCCAUUUUACACUGGUGUUUUAGGGAUGAAAAUGCUGCAAAAAAUGGAUUUCCCUGAUGGGAAGUUCUCAGUGUUUAUGAUGGGAUAUGAAAAUGAUGCAGAUAUUCCUAUCAAUUCAUCACAAAUCACUCAAUGGACUUUUACUCGCAAGGGUGCUCUUAACUUAACGCACAAUUGGGGAACCGAAAGUGAUCCAGAUUUUAAAUAUAACGUUGGCAAUUCGGAACCCAUUGACUUUGGACAUAUUGGUGUAAUGGUUCCCGAUGUCUAUGCAGCUUGCAAAAAGUUUGACGAGCAAGGAGUAGCCUUCAAAAAGAGACCCGACGAUGGUCGUAUGAAAGGUUUAGCAUUUGUCAUGGAUCCCGAUGGCUAUUGGAUUGAGAUUUUCAAUGCAAACACUGUUUGUUAAAAAAUUGUUGUUUUUAUUUUUGUUUUUGUCAAAUAAAUGCUAAAGUAUUUCAA